AUGGAUGACAUCUAUGUAUCAGACGACGAGCUCCACGUUCCGUUCUUGCCUCAGCAACUACCGUUAUCGAUUCUGAGGUCCCUAUGUAUAUGGAUCAAUUGGUACCUGACCUGUUAUGAUGUAAUUGUUUCACAUGCCAAAGCAUUGAACCAUGCUUUGAACUGUCGAACAGCAAGCGAGCUGGGAAGCAGGCUGUCUGCGGCGUUCACAAAGAUUUAUUUGGAAAAUGCAAACCGACUGCGAGGGGUAAAAAGGUCAAACCAGGAUUCACACUCUCCCGCCGAUAUUUCCCUUUGCUUCCGUGAAUACAUAUCGUCUUCUCGGCACGGCGGCGCCACCUUGGAUCAGCCCUAUGUCGCGCCUCUUUGGUCGUCCCUACACGUCUCAGCUCCAGCAACCAGGUCGCGAUGGCUGACGAUGAGCUCCAGGUUCAUGGCUCGCCGGGUUCCGCUGGCUCCACUAACAACUGUUUGCGAGCACUUGCACAGAAUGCAGUUGCCAUGGACUACUCUGUUGGAGAUCUUCCUGAUAUAAUGGAAGACACAAGUAGCCGCUUGGAAGGACACCUGGAAAAAAUGACGCGCUAUUAGAUGCGGCCUCUCCUAAUUCAUAACUACUGUGAUUUCGCCUUGCUGUACAUAUAUUACACUUUCAAGAAUGCUUGAGUACAGAAAUCAUUGUAUUUUAUAUAUCUCACAAUUUGUUUGUAUCAGGUUCAUGUGAGGCAGUCCCUGUGAAGUACAUUGACAAGGCAGAUGAAUUACUCCACUUAUUAGUAUGUUUAGUGAUUAUGGCUCCGUAGUUGGCUUUCCUUAUGUGUUCUCGCUUUUGGUAUCGAACUUCGUGUCAAAUAUAAUGACUGUCUCUUUGUGGUCGUAUGAAUGCACCGGGCUUUGAUCCUGUCUUAUAAUCUGAUGUUGAUCUUGA